CAUCCAGCCUGGCCUUGAAUGCCUGCAGGGCUGGGGAUAUGUGCAGGUUACAUCUGUAAUGUGCUUGUAGCUCAGCUCUGGCUGAAACUCACAGAAUCAUGGAGUGGUUUGGGCUGAAAGGGACCUCAAAGAUCAUCCAGUUUCCACCCCCAGCUGUGGACAGGAUUUACAGCCACUAAGUCGAGCAGCAGCUCAGGCUGUUUAGGGCCCCAUCCAGUCCUGAUCUCCAGGGAUGGGGCACCCACAGCCCUGGGCUCAGUGUCAGAGCCUCGCUGCUCUCUAGGUAAAGAAUUUCCUCCUCCAUCUGGCCUAGAUCUCCCAUUCUGAAGCCGUUCCCAUUGACCGCAGCCCUUCAGCUCCGACCUUCCGGCCAACUCCUUAUCCCCCAAACAGCCACCCUCUGAUCCAUGCCUCCAAUUUAGAGAUAGGGAUGUGGUGUGGGACCAUGUCGAAGGCCUUGCAUGCAUCCAGCUGGAUGGCAUCCUUUGCCCUUCCCUUUACCCACCUUGUGCCAUUGCAGAAGGCCUCCAGAUGGAUUGGGCACGGCCUGCCCUUGGUGAAGCCGUGCUGGCUUUCCAAUCACAAUCACAUCUCUGCAGUUUGGGAAGCUUUCAGGAACUGGAUUUGGGCUUUUCUUCUCUCCCUAACUUGAAUAUUCUUGACUUUAUUAGUAUUGUGAGGUCUGCAGGAGGUGGCUGCACUGCCACCUUUCUGUAUUUAAGCACAACGAGGGGAGUAGUGAAACUCCUGUUUGGGGUUGUGAAUCUAUUCUGCACACUGCAGGCGCUGCUCCCUGCUGCUUCCAUCUGCUUCUAAGUGCUGUCCUUACAGUCUCAUUUUUGCCUCAUCUGAUGGCCUUUGUGGCACUUCUUGGCUGGCUUUAAUGAGCUCAGUAGCAGCCCAAUGGAGUAUACUUCUAAAUUCCUUGGUGUGGUUGCCAGUGAGGUACCUGCCAUGGGUUCCUUGCUCAUAUUCAUGCCUUUUCUACGCAUUGUAUGUUGAGUUGUGCAUCACUGCAUCUGGAAAGCAGUCAGCUGUAAAGAUGCAUCUUUCCCAGGACACCCCUAUCCAGGGACCUGGGAUAAGAGCUGGAGCCUGGCUUAGAGCACAUCAGGAGCAUGAGAGGGCUGGAACACCUGGAAGAUGCUCAGCUAAUUAGGCCCACACUGAUUGCUGUUGGCCAGGUGCUGCUUUCUGGCUGAGCCAUUAGCUGCACUGUGCCAGCAGUGGAUGCCCCUCUCCAAGGGUUUUGUCCUAUCAAACUAUUUUGGUAGUGAGGCUGGAAGGCAGCUGAGCAGCUUGUUGUCACAUCCCACGUUGGGUGUGAGGCAGCUCAGAGCACAGGUGGGCUUUGGGCUGGAGGUGAUGGCAGUGCUGGAGCACCGUUCUGCCAUCUGCUUAUCUUUGGGACUGGCUGAAGGUUCCUCAGCCCUGCCUGGAAGGUGAAGCUGAGUUCUUGUAAGCAGCUGGAGGUUGUAGAGCUCACUUCAGCAGCAUCACAGAGGUGAUACCACGUGAGUGCCUUCAGAAAACCCAUCCGUUGAGUUCAUCCUGCCUUGGACUGGAGCAGACAUGAGAAAUUUAGCUACACAUAGUGCAACUCUCCAAUUCAGUGACAUGUCCUGCUUUAUAACAACAAUAAAAAAAAACCUACAUGUGCACAUGUGCUCUGUGAGCCAGAAUUGUGUGAUCGUGAAGGUUAUCGUGUCCGUUUGUGGAACGUGGCCUCACGUUAUGCAGUGUGAGAGCUGGGGAGACAAAGCAGGUAUCACGGUGUUGCUCAUCGCCUGCCAUGGGCAGCAGCAGCCAGUGCUGCACAAUCCCUGUUCCUGAGCUGGCUGCUGCCAUCUGAAAUGUCCCGGGUUCAACUCUGGCACAGGAAGCUUCUCUGUGUGAUAGCAUUGUGGGGGAGAAGGGGAUGCACAAACCUUGUUUUCUUUUCUGGUCGCCUGGAAAUGGAAAGCUGAAGAGCAGCUUCCUGCACUGAAUGGCACAAAGUGGUAAACUGCAGGAGGACACAACUAAGCUGUGACUUCUCCUUCACUUUAACUUGCACUGUUAACGUUGCAACACUGAAGAAAAUGGGAACGGGUUCUGUGUUCCUCCCUAAACUUAAAUUGGAGUCUUGACACGAGCAAGGCGGUGCUCCGCUUCGUGUGCAGAGCCCCGAGGUGGAGCAGGUGGGCAGAGUGCUGGAGCUGGACAGUGACAUGGCAGACGUCACCCAGGAGCCUCCCCAGGAGCCUGCAGUGCAGGACAGCAUGGCAGAGGAGCUGGAGGCAGUGCCUGCUUCUGCUCACAUCGCGUCGACGCUGGGCAUCAACCCCCAUGUCUUGCAGAUUAUGAAAGCUUCCUUGCUUGCUGAUGAAGACGACCUGGAUUUAAUCCUGGACCAUCACUCUGGGAAGCAACCUACAAAAAUGGAUACUUCUCAGGAGAUCUGUUCUCCAAGGCUCCCUAUCUCAAAAUCCCAAGGGCAGAAGAGAUGCUCAGUCGCUGGGCUGCUGCAAUCAAAGUUUGCUGAUACCAUUUGCCAACCACCCAGCACUGCUCUUUAUGACCUCCAGGAGCCGAGGGUGUCUCGCAGCUCCCCUUCCCCUGCCUGCUGGUCAGCAUCCUCUCCAUUAGCAUCAGCCUUCGCCGUCCCUCCGUCGGUCCCCGAGGUGCAGAUGAGGACAGUGGGUGUCCGCAGGCAGCAGGGCUUGGUCCCUCUGGAGAGCUCCAUCACCUAUGGGAAGGGGAAGCUGCUGAUGGACACGGCGCUGUUCAUGGGACGCGCCUUCCGUGUGGGCUGGGGGCCCAACUGGACUCUGGUCAACUGUGGGGAUCAGCUGAGUGGGUCGAGGGGGACGGAGGACCUCCCAUGUGAGGCUGUGGAGUAUGGAUUCCUGCCCGCUCCUGUUGCUCCAAAGAUACUCCCAGAGUCCCCUUUCAAGGUUCACGUGGAGAAACUGAACUUGGAACAAAGGAAGAUGAACAGAGACAAGCAGUUGUAUCUCAUCCCUCUGGAGAUAAAGCUGAAGCACAGCACUGUCCAUAUGGACGAACAGUGUCCUCUCCUGGCUCCCAACCCUGGAGUUUCUGCUAUUCAUGACUAUGCUGACUGGGUCCGAACAGCAUCUGAGGAUCCUGCUGUGAUGGAGACUGUUGUGAAGCACUGGUGCUUGACGUGGACUUUGUGUGAAGCCAUCUGGGGGAACCUGAAGGAGCUGGAGGCCAGCCUGGAGGAGCCCAGCGAUUACGUGCUGGCCCUGGAGCGCAGGAGGGCUUUCUCUCGCUGGCUGUCAGAGACCGCAGCGGCACGGAUUGAUGAGGAGGUUGCUUUGACCCAGCACCACAACCGUGUGGAGGCUGUGUUCAGCUGCCUCACAGGGAGGAGGAUUGGAGAGGCUUGCAGGCUGGCACAGCAGGCAGGCAACCACCGGCUUGCCCUGCUCCUCUCCCAGCUGGUGGGCAGCCAGCCCACACGGGACCUGCUCACCAUGCAGCUGGUGGACUGGCACAGGCUGCAGGCAGACUGCUUCAUCCCAGAGGAUCGCCUGCGCAUCUUCGCUCUGCUGGCUGGGAAGCCUGUAUGUUGUUGUAAUUGUUUUGUCCUUCAGUCACAGACCAUAGAGUGGUUUGGGUGGAAGGGA